UUGGUGUUCCAACAUUUUUCUUUCACUGCUUUCAGCUCUCUCCCUGUCUCUUGGAGGAGCCAGCGAUGACGAAGGGCAUGUAUGAAGUUGCUGUCUCCCUCAUUCAGAUGUUUGAUGACUUGGAGUUGAAAGAGAAUGGGAACAAGACCUCAAAGGUCCAGUUCGUGUCAGAGAGGAGCAGUGUGUUGGUGUUUCUGCCAGGUCUAGGUGAAAUCAACUACAUGCAUGGACUUCUCACAAACAUGGUUCACAAAAGGUUACAGGUGUAUCCACUCCAUUCCAGUGUGACUUUAGAAGAACAAAAUAAUGUAUUUUUAAGUCCAGUCCCUGGGUACAGAAAGAUCAUUCUGUCCACCAACAUUGCAGAGAGCUCUGUCACUGUUCCAGAUGUGAAGUAUGUUAUAGAUUUUUGUCUGACUAGAACCCUGGUUUGUGAUGAAGACACCAAUUAUCAGAGUCUGCGACUGAGUUGGGCCUCUAAGACCAGCUGUAACCAGAGGAAAGGCCGUGCUGGACGAGUGUCCAAAGGCUACUGUUACCGACUGGUGCCUCGGGACUUCUGGGAGAAGUGCAUCCCUGAUUAUGUCGUGCCAGAGAUGUUGCGCUGUCCGUUAGGAAGCACAGUCCUGAAAGUGAAGUUACUUGACAUGGGGGAGCCGAGAGCCCUGCUGGCAACUGCGCUUUCCCCGCCUGGUCUGAGCGACAUCGAGCGCACCGUCCUUCUGCUGAAGGAGGUGGGAGCACUUGCGGUUGGUGGGCAACGAGAAGAUGAAAACCCCCAUGACGGCGAGUUGACCUUCUUGGGAAGAGUGCUAGCCCAGCUCCCUGUCAGUCAGCAUCUGGGCAAGCUCGUAGUGCUGGGACACGUGUUUGGAUGCCUGGAUGAGUGUCUCAUCAUCGCUGCAGCUCUUUCAUUGAAGAAUUUUUUCGUGAUGCCUUUUCGGCAGCAUCUUGAUGGAUACAGGAACAAACUGAACUUCUCUGGCAGCAGUAACAGUGACUGCCUUGCACUUGUGGAGGCAUUUAAAAUGUGGCAGGCCUGUCGACAGCGGGGAGAGCUGCGGCGUCCAAAGGAUGAACUUGACUGGGGACGGUUGCAUUACAUUCAAAUCAAGAGAAUUAGAGAGGUGGCUGAAUUAUAUGAAGAGUUGAAGAGUAGAGUCUCACAGUUCAACAUGUGUGUGGACCCACGGCGGCCCAUCUUAGACCCUGAGUACCCCUAUAAGCAGCGCUUCAUCCUGCAGGUCGUAUUGGCAGGUGCUUUUUACCCAAAUUACUUUACCUUUGGACAGCCUGACGAGGAGAUGGUGGUGAAGGAGCUGGCUGGCAAAGACCCUAAGACAACCAUCGUGUUGAAGCACAUUCCUCCCUAUGGAUUCCUGUACUAUAAGCAGCUGCAGUCUCUCUUUAGACAGUGUGGGCAAGUCAAGUCCAUCAUAUUCGAUGGUGCAAAGGCCUUUGUGGAGUUUUCCCGGAAUCCGACAGAGAGAUGUAAGACCCUGCCUGCAGUGUACAUGGCGGUGAAGAUGGCCCAGCUGAAAGUGUCCCUGGAGCUCAGCGUCCAUGCUGCCGAGGACAUAGAGGGCAGGGUGCAAGGAGGGGUGGUGUCAAAGCUCCGGAACACGAGGGUGAAUGUAGACUUCCAGAAGCAGACAGUAGAUCCUAUGCAGGUCUCAUUCAACACCCUGGACAGCUCCCAGCCAGUUGCAGAUCUCCUCCUAACCGUUGACGUUACAGAGGUGGUAGAGGUGGGACACUUCUGGGGCUACAGGACUGACAAAAGGAACGCAGAGCUGCUUCAGAAGCUGGCUGCUGAGAUUAACAGGCUGGAGUUGGUACCCCUGCCAGCCCACCCCCACCCCGACAUGGUCUGCCUGGCGCCUUUCUCGGAGUUUGAUAAGAAAAGCUACUUCAGAGCUCAGAUCCUUUAUGUUUCUGGAAAUUCUGCUGAGGUAUUCUUUGUAGACUACGGUAACAGGGCUCACGUAGACCUCGAUCUUUUGAUGGAGCUGCCCUGUCAGUUUCUUGAGCUUCCAUUCCAGGCGUUGGAGUUUAGGAUUUGCAAAAUGCGGCCCUCGGCCAGGUCUCUUGUGUGUGGCGAGCACUGGAGCCGCAGGGCCAGCAGGCGGUUCGCCUCCCUGGUGCGCAGAUGUGCCCUCCUGGUGAAGGUCUUCUCAGUAGUACACGGUGUCCUGCACGUGGACGUGUUCUGCUACUGCGGGGCGCUGGACACUGUCAACAUCAGAGACAUCCUCAUCAGCGAGGGCCACGCAGAACUGGCGGAGGAGUCCUACGAGUCCCAACAAAGCCACGAGGCUCUCAAGGGCCUCUUUUCCACGUCAGUGGAGAGCAUGGCGGCUGCGUCGGCGCCCUCUGCUGGGAAGGAUGACGAGAAGCGCCUGAUCCAGAUGCUGCUGCAGAGCUGCGCUUCCAGCAGGCUGGGGACCCCGAGCUGCAAGGCCGUGCUCCAUGGGCCUUUCAGCCCCUGUGAACUGAGGUGCCACAGUUUGACCAGGAUAUCCAAAUUCAGGUGCGUCUGGAUUGACAAGGAAAGCAUCAACUCUGUCAUCAUCAGCGAUGCCCCUGCAGACCUGCACCAGAGGAUGCUGGUCGCAGCCUCACUGUCUGUCAACACCACUGGGUCUACCAUGCUGCUGAGAGAGACCUCCCUGAUGCCGCCCAUUCCGGGCCUCCCUGCACUCCUCAGCAUGCUGUUCACACCAGUGAUGGAGCUGAGGCUUGAUGAGGAGGGAAAACGCUACACUGGUGUCCUCUGCGGCUUGGGCUGGAACCCGGCGACGGCAGCUCCCAUCCUCCCAGAGCAUGACAUGGAGCUGGCUUUCGACGUGCAGUUCAGCGUUGAGGACAUCACUGAGAUUAAUAUUCUCAGGGCUGCUAUCAACAAGCUAGUGUGUGAUGGGCCAAAUGGAUUGAAGUAUCUGGGGCCUGAAAGAAUUGUGCAGCUACAGGACAGUGCUCGUCAGAAACUUCUGAGUUUGUUCUGUCAGCUGACACCUAGAGAGAAGACGAUUCCUAAGUGGCAUGAAAGGCCCUAUGAGUGGAACCAGGUCCAUCCCAGGCUGGUCAUGGAGCAGGCUGACUGCAGAGGCUGCCAAGCGAAGAACACGUUUCUCUACCGGCUUCACAAGCUGGUCGUGCUCAGUCCCUGACCGCUGCCUCCCGUAGAAUUGCCCAGGAGCUGUGGGGCCCACGGGGUGCCCUGCAGCCCACCUGGGCCCACUGCACCUCCAGGAGUUCUGUGCAGCUAGGGGAGCACCGCAUUCCGUGUGCGGGGAGCACGCGCCCUGAAAGCACUGUGGAGUCAUUCAGUGCCUUCCGCUGCUGGGAGCUGGCAGGUGCCUUGGACCCCAGCUGUUGGGGACUGGCCGU